AUGAAUCUUGGUCCCCCUCGGACCUUGAACCAUGGAGUAGUCCCUGGAAAAGAAGAAACCAUCGUCCAACCUCGGCGCAGUACCCCCUCGACCAUGACUCCAAGGAUUUUGAAUUUUUUUCCCGUGCCCGUCGAAGAGGAAUGCCUUUCUGAAGACAAAAGGCGAAGGGGAUUAUGCAUGAACACGUACGAGUGCAGAAUUCAACAAGGGAAGUCUCAUGGGUCAUGUGCGCUUGGAUUUGGAGUGUGCUGCAUCUUCACGACAAGUUGCGGAGGCGAGGUGAUCAACAACCUGACCUACGUCAUCAGUCCUGGAUUUCCUGAUCUGAUCGAAAGGCCGAUGAACUGUUCGGUGAUCAUCAGAGGCAUCGAGCAGCCAGUCAGCCAACUCAGGCUCGACUUCGUCCACUUCAAUAUCGGUCAACCUGAUCGAAGAACGGGGGUGUGUGCAGAGGAUGUUAUGGAAAUAAGAAACGGAAACAACAGCUUCCAGCUCUGCGGAUGGAACAGCGGACAGCAUGUUUACAUGGACAUUGCGGAGGGGGAGACCAUCUUGGACUUCCGGCUGCCGAGCACUUUGCAGUCGAGGAUGUGGGAGAUGAGCAUCGUGCAGCUUCCGUUUGAGCAAAGAGCCCCCGCAGGUUGCCUGCAGUAUUUCGAGAUGCCCCGAGGAACCAUCAGGACCUUGAAUUAUCUACCGAAUGGCAGAUAUCUCGCAGGCCAGGACCACCUAAUCUGCGUCCGCCAGGAGCAGGGAAUGUGCAGCAUCUCGUACGCCCCAUGUACGCCCAAUUCCUUCAGGAUAGGGCCCUCCAGAAAUAUGGGCUCUUCAGGGAGCGAUUCCAUGGAGGUCGAGGGAUCAGGAACUGGACCAAUGGAGUCGGGACAGAAUUCUGGGAGUCGGUGCAGGGACAGGGUGCUGAUACCCUGCGACUUUGAGGAGUUCAUCACGCCGGGGAAUAACGGAGCUGGGAUCUGCGACAUGGAGCACUGCGGAACUUCCCUUUGCCCGAGAAAUGAGCUCGAGGAGAGCGGGAACUGUCGGGUGGAAACUUCGGCCACUCCUUUCCGCAUUAGAGUAGCCUUUGGUCCAGGAGAGGAAGCUGGGAGUUCCCCGGAAGACUACCUCGGGAUGUGCCUGAUGUACGAGCAGCAGCCCUGCAUGGCCUAG